UUACCGAGAAACUGCCAGACAAAGUUGGCUGAAGUCCGCCUCGACUCCUCCUCACAGCUUCCUUAGUAAAUACUGCUGCUGCAUUUUGAAACAUGAAAGAAGACAAGGAAAAUACGCGGCCCAGAGAGAAGAAAGUGGAGAUCAGAUGUGAAGAAAAUGAAAAAACGGAGAAGCCAAAUAAAGAGAAGAAGGAGGCCAUGACAAAGAUUGUGAUCCGCCGCCUCCCUCCCAGUAUAACUAAAGAAGAGCUGGAGGAGCAGUUACAGCCUCUGCCAGAAGUGGAUUAUCUCGAGUUCUUCACAAGUGACACCAGCCUCUACCCUCAUCUGUUUGCAAGAGCAUAUCUAAAUUUCAAGAACCAGGAGGACAUUGUUCUUUUCAGAGACCGCUUUGAUGGUUAUGUGUUCAUUGACAAUCGAGGACAAGAAUACCCUGCAGUUGUUGAAUUCGCACCAUUCCAGAAGAUUGCUAAAAAGAGGAGUAAGAAAAAGGAUUCCAAAAGUGGAACAAUUGAAGAAGAUACUGAUUAUAAGAAGUUUUUGGAAAUCUACAAUGGUGAUGAGGAGAAGUUUACUUCAACCACUGAGACAUUAUUAGAAGAAAUAGAGGCCAAGACAAAGGAACUAGUUGCCAAGAAAACAACUCCUCUUUUGGACUUCCUUAAGAAUAAACAGAGAUUAAGAGAGGAGAAGAAAGAGGAGAGGAGGAGGAGAGAACUGGAGCGCAAACGCUUGCGUGAUGAAGAGCGGCGGAAGUGGAGAGAAGAGGACAGAAGGAAGCGCAAAGAAGCUGAGAAAUUAAAGAAAGCAGAAAAGGCACCUGAAAAGGACAAGGACCAACCUAAAGAUGAGCAGCCAAGAAUCAAGCUCCUGAAGAAACUAGAGAAGCAAGAGAAUAGUGACAAUGAAAAGCCAAAAGAGAAACCCAAGAAGCCAGAGCGAGAGAAACUGAGGGAUGACCGAGCUCCAGAGAGAGCAGAUGCAAAAAAACGUCAAAAUGGCGAACACCGAGAGGACAAGCCAAGAAAAUAUGAGGAAGAUGGACGCAGGGAGCAUCGAGACCGUGAAGUGGACCGAGAUCGAGACCGUGAACGGGAUCGGGAGCGACGGCAAAAAGAGAAGGAGCGAAUCAAGAGGCAGGACGAGGACCGUCGGAAGAGGAGAGAGCGCCACGAUGGAGAGAACGCCUACAAAAAGAGAGAGGAGGAGAGUAAAAAGGAAAAGGAGUAUGUUUGGGAAAAGAGAAGGAAUGAGAAUACCGGUGAAUCCACAGGACACGGUCAAGCUGACAAAUCUGACAAGUCUUCUAAAGAUGCUAAAAAGGAAGAAAAUGUGAAAAAGGAUCGUUUAAGGAACAAGUUAUUAAAGCCUUCAGCGACACCAAAACAAAACACUACUGGUCUAUGAGCUGAACGUAGUAAUGUUAGACGCUUGAUCGCCCUGCCAUUCAGCUGUACCAGCCAGGAGCAAGGAGCCGCAACAGAGGAGCUACAGGAGCUAGCCAGGCUGGGGAUAAGAAGGCUGAGAGGGAUGCCAAAAAUACACAAGAGAAAGAAGAAGAGUGAGGAAAGACCACCACAUGGAGAUGAAACAGUACUGGCCAAAUCAAGGCAAUGUAGCAGUGUUGCUAAAGCAAGAG